GACAUAAUUACUUGGAUAAGAAAUAUCAUGUUCAAUUAACACUUGGACAUUUAUCAACUAAACCUCGAAGACCUCCCGUACAUCUUUACGGAAACAGUCAAAUUUCAUCAUUAAAACUUAUUAUGUCCUCUAAACCAGAUACAGGAAUAAUUCCUCAUAACAUUAUAUUACCAUUGGGUGAUGAUCGAGAAGUUUUUUCUUUUCAAACAGAUACCCUUAAUAAACUUUCACUUGAGUUUGAUAUCUUUCCUACAUUCGGAUCAAAAGUUAUCGGCAAAGGAGUUGCAUUACCACACGUAUUUAACUUUACCAACGGUCGCGAAAGAAGGAAUAAUUUGGUGACUGAAGGGACAGGCGGGAAAUGUAUCUGUCCUGUAUUUGAUACACAUCUCAAAGUCGUUGGAGAAUUAUCAUUUGAAUUUGCUAUUGUGAAACCAUUUCAAGGUGUACAACUUGAAAUUGGAGGGCAAGUAGAAACUUAUUGGAAAUCUACCAAUACAGUAUCACUCCCUGGAUCCGUUGGUGACCAAUCUCCAAGUACUGGAGGAACUAAUAGUAGGAACAUAUCAUCAUUCAUAACUAGUUCUUCAUUAUCAGGGGAGUAUAUCCAGAUCGUAGUACAAGUGACCAGAGAUAUGGUUGCUGUUGUGUAUUCAGAAUGGAUGUUACCAGUCGAAGGAUUUGAUUUAAGUGUAUCCGAUGUUACAGUUAAACAAUUUAAAUCAUUAAGUCAAAAUUGUCCACCAAGCAUAUCUUACUUUAGAGGAAGUUUUAAAGUCAAUCUUGAAAUCAAAUAUCCUACCGUGUUCGAAAUGUCACGAUAUUGGUUCUCUGACAUUCCCGACAUCAACACUUAUGUAGAUACAAUUCUUCAAACUGUAUAUGAUCAUGCGCAAGGUAACACCACCAAUAAUGGAGACGGUAAACCACCUUCCAAUCGAUCUGUGAUGUUUUCGUCAUUUAAUCCAGCAAUUUGUACUACUUUGAAUUGGAAACAGCCAAAUUACGCGGUGUUUUUCAAUUCAUAUUGUGGAUUUGACAACAAAACAAUCAAUUAUGGUAAAAAACGUAAGGAGCAAGGGGACGACGCGACACAUGGAGAAGAAAUUGAACAAGAUAAGCGUUGUACGUCUAUUAAGGAAGCAGUCAAAUUUGCAAAGAUAAAUAACCUUUUAGGUGUCAUUUUUGAGGCCACAUUAUUGGUUCAUGUUCCAUCAUUAAUAACUAACGUUAAGCAAGCUGGAUUAAUAUUAACUACGUUUGGAUCCGCGAAUAAUGAUCCUCGUAAUAUUCGGAUCCAAGAAAGAUAUGGGGUCGAUGCUAUGGUUAUUGAUG